AUGCGAGAAGGAAUGUUAAACAGAAGCAACACCGAAGAAGGGUUUUUUGACUUUAAAUACCCUAGAUUCGUUCUGGCUGGGAAUGUGACAUUCAAUCGAGCCAAGCUACUGAACAUAGGGUACCUGGAGGCUCUGAAGGACUAUAACUGGGAAUGCUUCAUCUUCCACGACGUCGAUCUGGUCCCAGAAAAUGACUUGAACUUGUACGUCUGCGACAGCCAGCCCAAACACCUCGUGGUGGGGAGGAAUGCUACGGGAUACAGGCUGCGCUAUAAAGGCUAUUUUGGAGGAGUGACUGCAAUGACGAGGGAGCAGUUCUCCAAAGUGAAUGGCUUUUCAAACGCAUACUGGGGCUGGGGAGGAGAAGAUGAUGACCUGAGGAUAAGGGUUGAACUUCAGAGAAUGAAGAUUGUUCGUCCAUCCCCUGAAGUAGCCCGCUACACAAUGAUCUUCCACACCAGGGACAAUGGCAACGAAGUGAAUAAAGACAGGAUGCGUCUCCUAGGCCGGACUGCACGUGUGUGGAAGACGGACGGCCUGAAUUCCUGCACCUACAAGGAGCUGUCACUAGAGCGAGUACCGCUCUACAUCAACGUCACUGUGGACAUUGGCAAGCCUCUGGGACAUCCCUAAGCCGAGGCUUUGUUAGAAGGACAUGUUCGUGAAACCGAUGAAGUGAAAAGACACUGCUAGACUUUGUUGAAGAAAAAUGCUUGAAUCCACAGCAAGGAGAGCGAGCCACUGUGAACUUGUGAAACUGACCUGGCCAAUUUCUCUCACAAUGUGUUGCUAAAGAUUUUCUUUUUCUCUUCACAAGUGUCCUUUAGAUUUUGAUUUGGGAUUUCUACAGUACCACCAGUGGAUACGCAGGUGCUGAAGGCCUGUGCUGUCUUCAUCACACACGACUGUCUAAUCAAGCAAGCGCUUUCGUAAUUGUAUUCGAAUUCUGAGUCUGUGUGGAAAUUGGAAAAUGAGCCCCAGAAGUGGCAGGCCUGUGGAGCGCUAUACUAAUUCACGGGUGCAAACUAAAAAGGCAGUCCGUUGUCAUGGAUGAGCAGCCUUUUAAACAUCGUCUCUUUAUAGUCGUCGUUUACGUGUACAGUAUUGUAAUGCAAGGAAUUGUGAUUAAGCGAGCUGGGCUGGGAAGAGUAUGCGAUGCACUAAACACCAGCGUAAACACCAAAUCUGAAGUGCUCAAACUGAAUUAGGAUUUCUGAUUUUCGGUUUUAACCAAUAAAACACCCCCAAUACAAAAGUGAAUCUUUGUAUAGCCAAUAAACACUGGAA